AUGGCAGACUCUCAGAAGUCAUCUCAAACCCUUCACUCGCAACAUACUCAGCAGCAGCCGACGAAGAGACCACUUCGCGAACAGCAGCAGCAGCAGAUGAUGCAGUCACAGCAACCAACGAGGUCCGGACGCGCGGUCGAGAUUCCUGACGACUCCACCGAAGCGAACAUCGACGACGCUCUCAUUGGCGCCGAUUCCGACGACGAAGACGCAAUCGACGACAGCAUGCCCGGAGCCCAGACUCCCGGUGCUUUCAAGACCAAACUCACCAAGCUCCCUCCGCCUCGCGGGCGAACCUCACGCCGCAAUCAGUCCAUGCCUGCUGACCCCAGCAAGAGCUCUCAGACUAUACGCCCCUUCCCAUCCUCCUCCAACAUCGUCAAGAAUAUCCACGCUGGCACCUGCGCCCGCCCUGAUCGCCUCCUCUCACUGGCGUUUGCCAUUCCACACGACUUCGUGAGGGACCCAGAAACUGGCGAGACAGAGCCUCAGGUGCUUCAGAAGAGAUACGAUGAGGCUUGGUUUGCAGGAAUCACAGACCAGAAAGAUUUGGUGAAGAGGGUAAACAGCCAGCCUAUCGCAUGGUUGGACGUCUUGGACAACGCUGCAAUCAUGGAUGACCACGAGAAUGAGACUCUGCGAGUCGAGAUGGACGAAAUGGAAAAGGACAACGCGGAACUCAAGGAGACAUUGUCUAAAGCCAGAUCUGAUCUUAUCUCUGACCGGAGCACGAGCAUCGCGGAGGAGGCACAGAACACCAUAAAUUCGCUUAUGGAGCAGACCGAGGUGGCCGCAAACAAGAUUGAGAAGAUCCUUGCCGACAAGAAGGAGUUGAAAAAAAUCAACAACAACCUGCAGGUGUCGCUGGAUACGGCGCAGCAGUCGCUCUCGAAGGCGAGAGCUCAGAGCCAGACCCUCUACAACACUCAGCAAGCUAUGACAGGCAUGACUUUGCAGUUCGCGUACCUCGCAGACCUCGUCAAUGAUCUUGAUGAUGGUACGAAACUCAUCAAGUUCUUCGAGACCAACCCAGGGUUCGGCAUGAGCCACGAGGAAUACCUGGAAACGAAUACUGCCGCUCUCCGGGAUGAGCUGAGCCUGCCGAAGUUCCGCGACAACGUCCACAAGGACGACACGCCCAUUACUCCGGUCGCGGCUCGCAACAACCGGUUGUCCGCGAUCCUCGCGAAAGACGACUCAGACGAUGAAGUCGCGCCGUCGCCGAGCAAAGUGCGACGUGUCCAAUUGAACGACACUCCUCACGGCCUGGGCGUUCGUGACCGAGACCGACACCCCUCCGCGGGUCACACGCCGAGCCGUCGGCUGGGACGCACGGAACUCCCUCCUCUCCACCGCAACGAUGGGGCAACAGUCGCCUCGUCUCAUCGCCAGACCGAUGCUCCUCUACGUCGCCGUGAAGUAAGCCUCGUCCAGCCAUCCGAACCCUCGUCCCGAUCCGACUACAACAACAGGUACUCCAUGAAGCUGCCUAUCCCAUUCUCAGGAGAGAACAAGAAAGACGACAUCGGCUACGCCGAGUGGCGACAGAAGAUGGAUUUCUGCCUAGACAACGACGAGUCUUUGGACGAACACCAGAAGAUUGUCGCAUGCAUCAACAACACUACCGGACCAGCUUUUGCGAGGGUCGGCAGCGCGCUGGUGAUGCAGACAUUCAGGACCUACAUCGACGUUCUCGGACAGCUCGACGACUCUUACGGCGAACACCACAUGGCCGAGAAAUACCGCAAAGCCUUCACGGCUCUCGCAAUGAAAGACAAGGAAAAAUUUGACGACUUCUGGACCUCUUUCAUGACUUAUGCACCGUACACCGAGUACUCCGACGUCGAACUCAUUCGCCAACUGAAGGAGAAACUCAACAAGAGAUACAGGGCUGACAUUCGCGGAAUGCGCUUCGCAAACCUCAACGCUAUGAAGACCCACCUCCGCGAUGUCGAACUUGACUGGGAGGAUGAGGAACCAUCGAAGGGCGGCAACGGCGGCAACGGCAGCACAGACAAGAAACUCUCUGACAGCCUCGCGAGGAUCAACAAGACUUUGAAGGAGGACUACGACUGGAAGAAGCUCAACCGGCAGUUCAAGCCCGUCACGGCGCAGGAAUUCAAGGACAAGACCAACUGUUUCGCUUGCAAGGGCGCUGCUCACAACCGAUUCUCAACGGCUUGCCCACUGGAGAAGCACCGCCUGGACAGAACUAAGGAUCGCAAGCCCAACGUCAGCUCUGUUGAAGUCGCAGCCGAGCUCCCAGCGAACAACUCGGGAAAAGAGUAGCUCCUGUUCAGAGGUGUACUGAACAGGAGACCAACAUCUCACCAGAGCGAGGCAAGUCCCCUCUAACACAACCCCUCACAACUACAGACAUGCUCCCGGUCAUUUCGACAGUAGCCAUUCAGGUCCCUUCGUGGAUGCCUCCGAUCGGCGAACACAUCGUGGUCCAUGGGAUGGCAGACGGUCACCUAGUCCGAUGCAUGAUCGACACUGGAGGGACAUCAAUAUUUGCAAACACGGCCUUUGCGAAGCGACACCUGCAACGCAGUCGCCUUCCGAGAUCAUUGCCAGUUUCCGGCCACAAAGGCCUUCCUGAAAAGGAGCCUCUCACUCAGGUCGCUCACAUUCAGGACUUGGAUCUUAAUG